ACUUUAGAGCGCUAAAGGAACAGAAAGAAAUUAGGAGUACUGAGAAAUGAACAUGCAAGAAAUACGCAACGCUGCUUUAGCUUAUUACCAGAACUUAUCAGAUGAGCUAAAGCAGAAGGCAUCAGAAAAAUUUAAAGAAAUGGAUUCGAAUGAUAAUGGCACAAUAAGCAUCAAGGAGUUCCGGCGGAGUUUGGGCAGGUCCGAGAUCAAGCGCUGCUUCAAGUUGCUGGACAAAACCGGAGACGGUAAGUUGGAUUUCAACGAAUUCAUCACUCUUUACUAUCUCGUGGAGAGUGGGAGAGGGGUUUUCUGUGACGGCCAUGGAUGUAAGGCCUCCCCUUUUCUCAACGGACUGUAUUUUACUUGCGUUGAGUGCUUCCAUAACAACGAAGCUGCAACGUUCGAUCUCUGCACCUCCUGCUACCGCGAUGGAAAGUAUAUUCACAACCAUGCCAGCUUUUUGGAUAACUACGUCUUGCUGCGUUCCAAGGCAGCUUGUGAAUCCACCACACCAACGGAAGAUGAUCAUCUUGAGGUAAACGCUGCAGAAUCUGCUCAACUAAUUAGUGGAGGACUUAAAACUGUUUCCAAUCUAUUUAGUCGAUCUGGGUCGUUUGAAAUGAUUGUAGAUGAUAAGUAA